AUGUUUCUGAUUAUUUUUUUCUCCCUCUGGCUUUGUCCUCACAGGGACCUAAGUGAGAACACCAUCCAGGCCAUCCCCAGAAAGGCUUUCCGUGGAGCUACAGAUCUCAAAAAUUUACAGCUGGAUAAGAACCAGAUUGGCUGCAUUGAGGAAGGAGCUUUCCGGGCUCUGCGGGGGUUGGAGGUGCUGACCCUGAACAACAAUAACAUCACCACCAUCCCGGUGUCCAGCUUCAACCACAUGCCCAAGCUGCGGACCUUCCGCCUGCACUCCAACCACCUGUUCUGUGACUGCCACCUGGCCUGGCUCUCCCAGUGGCUGAGGCAACGGCCAACCAUCGGGCUCUUCACCCAGUGCUCGGGCCCUGCUGGCCUGCGUGGGCUCAACGUGGCCGAGGUCCAGAAGAGUGAGUUCAGCUGCUCAGGCCAGGGGGAGGCGGGGCGCGUGCCCUCCUGCACCCUCUCCUCCGGCUCCUGUCCGGCCAUGUGUGCCUGCAGCAACGGCAUUGUGGACUGUCGUGGCAAAGGCCUGACCGCCAUCCCUGCCAACCUGCCCGAGACCAUGACAGAGAUCCGCCUGGAGCUCAACGGGAUCAAGUCCAUCCCCCCAGGGGCCUUCUCUCCCUACAGAAAGCUGCGGAGGAUAGACUUGAGCAACAACCAGAUCUCGGAGAUUGCGCCUGAUGCCUUCCAGGGCCUCCGGUCCCUGAACUCACUGGUCCUCUACGGGAACAAGAUCACAGACCUCCCCCGGGGCGUGUUUGGAGGCCUGUUCACCCUACAGCUCCUGCUCCUGAAUGCCAACAAGAUCAACUGCAUCCGGCUCGACGCCUUCCAGGAUCUGCAGAACCUCUCACUGCUCUCGCUGUAUGACAACAAGAUCCAGAGUCUCGCUAAGGGCACCUUCACCUCCCUGCGGGCCAUCCAGACCCUGCAUCUGGCCCAGAACCCCUUCAUCUGUGACUGUAACCUCAAGUGGCUGGCAGACUUCCUGCGCUCCAACCCCAUCGAGACCAGUGGUGCCCGCUGUGCCAGCCCCCGACGCCUCGCCAACAAGCGCAUCGGCCAGAUCAAAAGCAAGAAGUUCCGGUGCUCAGCCAAAGAGCAGUACUUCAUUCCAGGCACAGAGGAUUACCGGCUGAAUAGCGAGUGCAAUAGCGACGUGGUCUGUCCCCACAAGUGCCGCUGCGAGGCCAGCAUGGUGGAGUGCUCCAGCCUGAAGCUCACCAAGAUCCCUGAGCGCAUACCCCAGACCACGGCCGAGCUACGAUUAAACAACAAUGAGAUUUCCAUCCUGGAGGCCACCGGGAUGUUUAAAAAACUCACCCAUCUGAAGAAAAUCAAUCUGAGCAACAACAAGGUGUCGGAGAUUGAAGACGGGGCCUUUGAGGGCGCAGCCUCAGUGAGCGAGCUGCACCUGACCGCCAACCAACUGGAGUCCAUCCGGAGCGGCAUGUUCCGGGGCCUGGACGGCCUGAGGACGCUGAUGCUGAGGAACAACCGCAUCAGCUGCAUCCACAACGACAGCUUCACGGGCCUGCGCAACGUGCGCCUCCUCUCGCUCUAUGACAACCAGAUCGCCACCAUCUCCCCGGGGGCUUUCGACACGCUCCAGGCCCUCUCCACGGUGCCUGAGGUGGAAGAGGUGAACCCCAAGACCGAUUCUAACCUCAAAACAGAUCCAAAGGGCUUUGGCCAUGGUGGAGGAGGGCUGCAGCCGAGAGGACUGACUGGCAUACAGCGUGGUGUCAGCAAGACGCCUCUGUUCCGAGGCCAGGAGGAGGGGGGCUGCCUGCCUCGCCCGCAGUGCCCCCAGGAGUGCGCCUGCCUGGACACCGUGGUUCGAUGCAGCAACAAGCACCUCCAGAACCUGCCCAAGGGCAUCCCCAAGAAUGUCACAGAGCUCUACCUGGACGGGAACCAGUUCACGCUGGUUCCAGCACAGCUGUCCACCUUCAAGUACCUGCAGCUUGUGGACCUGAGUAACAACAAGAUCAGUUCCUUAAGCAAUUCCUCCUUCACCAACAUGAGUCAGCUGACCACUCUGAUCCUCAGCUACAACGCCCUGCAGUGUAUCCCUCCUCUGGCCUUCCAGGGGCUUCGCUCCCUGCGCCUGCUGUCCCUGCAUGGCAAUGACAUCUCCACCCUCCAAGAGGGCAUCUUUGCAGACGUGACUUCCUUGUCUCACCUGGCCAUCGGUGCCAACCCCCUGUUCUGUGACUGCAACCUGCGCUGGUUGUCCGGCUGGGUGAAGACAGGCUACAAGGAACCAGGCAUUGCCCGCUGCGCUGGGCCCCCAGACAUGGAAGGCAAACUGCUCCUCACCACACCUGCCAAGAAGUUUGAAUGCCAAGGUCCCCCCACCCUGGCUGUCCAGGCCAAGUGUGAUCCCUGCUUGUCCAGCCCGUGCCAGAAUCAGGGCACCUGCCACAAUGACGCCCUUGAGGUAUACAGGUGUGCCUGCCCCAGCGGCUACAAGGGCCGAGACUGUGAGGUGUCCCUGGACAGCUGUUCCAGCAGCCCCUGUGGAAAUGGUGGGACCUGCCGCUCACAUGAGGGCGAGGAUGCUGGCUUCACGUGCUCCUGCCCCACCGGCUUUGAAGGACCGACCUGCGGGGUAGACACGGACGACUGUGUGGAGCACUCCUGUGCCAAUGGGGGCACCUGCGUGGACGGCGUGGGCAACUAUACUUGCCAAUGCCCCUUGCAGUACUCAGGAAGGGCCUGUGAGCUGCUCGUGGACUUCUGCGCUCCAGAUUUGAACCCGUGUCAGCAUGAGGCCCAGUGUGUGGGCACCCCCGAUGGGCCCAGGUGUGAGUGUGCGCCAGGAUACGCAGGUGACAACUGCAGCGAGAACCAGGAUGACUGCAGGGACCACCGCUGCCAGAAUGGGGCCCAGUGUGUGGACGAAGCCAAAGGCUACUCCUGCCUCUGUACUCAGGGCUACAGCGGUCAGCUCUGUGAGACCCCUCCCAGACCACCUGCCCCCAGGAGCCCCUGUGAAGGGACUGAGUGCCAGAAUGGGGCCAACUGUGUGGACCAGGGCGAUGGGCCCGUGUGCCAGUGCCUCCCCGGCUUUGGCGGCCCUGAAUGUGAGAAGCUGCUCAGUGUUAACUUCGUGGAUCGGGACACCUACCUGCAGUUCACGGACCUGCAGAACUGGCCGCGGGCCAACAUCACGCUGCAGGUCUCCACGGCAGAAGACAAUGGGAUCCUGCUGUACAAUGGGGACAACGAUCACAUUGCAGUGGAGCUCUACCAGGGCCACGUGCGUGUCAGUUAUGACCCGGGCAGCUACCCCAGCUCCGCCAUCUACAGCACUGAGACGAUCAACGAUGGGCAGUUCCACACAGUCGAGCUGGUCACCUUUGACCAGAUGGUGAAUCUCUCCAUCGAUGGCGGCAGCCCCAUGACCAUGGACAACUUCGGCAAACACUACACACUAAACAGCGACGCCCCCCUCUAUGUGGGAGGGAUGCCGGUGGAUGUGAAUUCAGCUGCCUUCCGCCUGUGGCAGAUCCUCAAUGGAACCAGCUUCCAUGGCUGCAUCCGAAACCUGUACAUCAACAACGAGUUGCAGGACUUCACCAAGACACGGAUGAAGCCAGGCGUGGUGCCCGGCUGCGAGCCCUGCCGGAAACUCUACUGCCUGCAUGGCAUCUGUCAGCCCAAUGCCACCCCAGGGCCCGUGUGCCACUGUGAGGCCGGCUGGGGGGGCCUGCACUGUGACCAGCCAGCCGACGGCCCCUGCCAUGGCCACAAGUGUGUCCACGGGAAGUGCGUGCCUCUGGAUGCUCUUUCCUACAGCUGCCAGUGCCAGGAUGGGUACUCGGGGGCCCUGUGCAACCAGGCCGGGGCACCUGCAGACCCCUGUCGGGGCCUGCGGUGCCUGCAUGGCCACUGCCAGGCCUCAGCCACCAAGGGGGCACACUGUGUGUGUGACCCCGGCUUUUCGGGCGAGCUGUGUGAGCAAGAGUCCGAAUGCCGGGGGGACCCUGUCCGGGACUUUCACCAGGUCCAGAGGGGCUAUGCCAUCUGCCGGACCACGCGCCCGCUGUCGUGGGUGGAGUGCCGGGGCUCAUGUCCGGGCCAGGGCUGCUGCCAGGGCCUGCGGCUGAAGCGGAGGAAGUUCACCUUUGAGUGCAGCGACGGGACCUCUUUUGCUGAGGAGGUGGAGAAGCCCACGAAGUGUGGCUGUGCCCUCUGCGCGUAGCGCCUGGAGUGCACGGGGAGGGGAGAGGGCGGGAGAGGGGGCGCGGCCGCAGCAG